AUACAUUGCCUGUCAAUCAACUCGAGAACGCGCAUUAGCUGAAACAGCCUUAAAAAUAGCGUUUUUAUUCUUUGACUUUAAUCUUGACUAGCCGUUUUGGAGAUUUCGUUUUUUACCCAUUCAAGAAGAUAGGUACUGUACUUUUAUGUAGCUUGUUUACAUAUAGAAAGCAUGCCCGUGAGCGUUCCAAAGAUGGCCGUCCAGUGGAUUGACUUGCAUUGAAAGCCACUUUGGUAAUACUUUCAGGAAGUACUCAAAAUGCGAUUCACCAAUCAGCGUGCAGCAUUCUGCCUGGCUGCCGUGGUAACUUUUGUUUUUUGAAUUGACCAAUCAGGAAAGCGCGCUUCAGACAUUUAAACUGGCGUUCAUCCGUUAGGCACGCUUAGCUGGUGAGAAGAUUGUUGGCUUUGCUUGUGCAAGCACGAAAAACUCAUACAAGUUGUAUAAAAUCCUAGCGCUUAAUCAUUGGUGACGGAUUUAUUGAACAUCGGAAGCACAAAGUUGUGGGAUUUAAGAGUGAUUACAUCUACAGUAGCCAUGUCCCAAUUUGGGUUUGAGAAUGACAUUCACAACGUCCUAAGGCUGGACAUGCCAAUCACAAACGCCCCUAUGGCGAGGUGGCAGAGGAAGGCCAGCACAUCCAACUCCACAAACUCAAACUCCCUCUCACCCAACAAGAGUGUAAAUAGAUCAGUAAGCCUCUCUAAAACACCCAGUAAAACGCCAGGAAAGAGUGGCAAGACCCAAAACACACCCUCUAAGGCAGGAGGAGAUCGUUUUAUCCCCACAAGAAAUAACAAACAGUUGGAUGUGGCAAGUUUUCUUAUUUCCAAAGAGAAUGAGCCAGUUGAGGAGGGUUCAUCCUCAUCAGCAGCAAAUCAGAAAGCUUGGUCUGUGACACUAAAUGGAUAUGACCUUGAAGAAGCAAAGAUCUUGCAUUUGGGAGGAAAACCACUUAACGCCCCUGAGGGUUAUCAGAAUAACUUGAAGGUUCUCUACAGCCAAGUGCCCACACCUGUCUCAACCAAGAAGAGCCGGUACAUUUCCUCUGUUCCAGAGCGGAUUCUAGAUGCCCCUGAUAUCAGAAAUGAUUUCUAUCUGAACUUGAUAGAUUGGGGACGGCAAAACAUGUUGGCAGUUGGCCUUUCCAGCGACGUGUAUUUGUGGGAUGCUGCUGCAGGGGACAUUGUUUUAUUGAAAAAAAUGGAGGAUGAAAACAGUUACAUCUGCUCUGUCUCUUGGAGCAAAGAUGGCAAUUUCUUGGCAAUUGGGACGAGUGAUUGUAAAGUUGAGUUGUGGGAUGUGCAAUACCAAAAACGUCUUCGCAGUAUGGAUGGCCAUUCAGCAAGAGUUAGUUGCUUGAGUUGGAAUGAUCACGUUUUAUCUAGUGGCUCCAGAUCUGGUUUGAUUCAUCAGCAUGAUGUUCGAGUAGCAGACCAUCACAUAUUCACCUUCGGGGGACACACCCAGGAAGUCUGUGGCCUUACCUGGUCCCCCGAUGGGAAAUAUUUAGCUAGUGGUGGCAAUGACAACAUGGUGUUCAUUUGGCCAAUGACGAUGGGCACAGAGAAUCAAGCUAUUCAUGCUCUUAAUGAACACCAAGGAGCUGUCAAGGCUUUGGCAUGGUGCCCAUGGCAACCUAGCAUCCUUGCAUCAGGAGGGGGUACCAGUGACCGUCAUAUUCGCAUCUGGAAUGUCAAUAGUGGCUCCUGUAUCAGUGCCUUACCUACUUGUUCACAGAUAUCAUCUCUUGUGUUUGCACCAAAUUAUAAGGAGUUGGUGUCUGGUCAUGGUUUUGCUAAUGACAAGGUUAUCAUCUGGAAAUACCCCUCGCUCACUAAAGUUGUGGAGCUUGAAGGACAUGAAGACAGAGUUCUGAACUUAUCACUCAGUCCUGAUGGUUCCACUGUGGCUUCUUUAGCAGCUGAUGAAACCAUCAGACUUUGGAAGAGUUUUGAGAAGGAUCCUGUCAAGAAACCCAAGACCUCUAGCAGCAUAAUUCAACAACAAAUUAGAUAAAAUACAAUGGUGUGGGUUUUUUUUUGUGUGUGUGGGUGUGCAACCAGCAUAGAUUGAGUGGGGAAAUUACUUUAAAAUCUUAAUGUUGACGCCCAAGGAUUUACUGUAAUUUGGCUCCAAAAAUUUGGGAAAUCCCAUUCACAACAACCAAGGAACUCGGCUGGGUUGUUGGGUGGCCUCAGUCAUGCAUUACAGAAGCUAUACUAAAUUAUAAUGGGCUGUGAGAUGUCCCUUUUUAUUUCUGCAUUAAGAGCUCAAUACAUUUGUAAAGAUGAUCAAUUGAGCACAAGUCAUGGUGGUUAAAUGGGUUUCCCAAAAGAACACCCACUUUGGAAGCUAAAUCCCCAAAGGACUUUUAAGUGACUUAUGAAUUUUGCUUUUUUCCUACUCUGAAUUAUUUAACCCUGGAAUUUGAUUUUAAAUUAUAUACAAAUGUAAAUUUCAAAUAAAGUUUUGUAAGGAUUUGA